ACCGCCAUUCCGCCCCAAAACUUUCCGUUUCCCCCAUCCCACUCUCCGGGACUUCCUUGUGCCGCCCGUGCGCGCGGAGGGGGGGGAGGAGGCGUGUGCGGCGGCGGCGAGGGGGGAUUCGCAGCCUCCUGGCAGGCUGGCCGGGACCCCGGGGGAAGAGGAGUUGCACCAUGCGCGGCAAGUGAGGGAAAGUCUCCGCCAGCAGCAGCGCCGCCGCCCCCCGCAGAAGUUGGGGCUCUCCCCGCCCGCGGGAGCGGGAGCUGUGCCUUUAACGCCCGCUGCGCCGCGAGGUACCUAAGGAUAAAACUGGCCUGAAGGGAAAAUCUGGGGCAAACUGGGGACCUUGACUGUUCUUGCACCUGACCCCCUCACGUGUCAGAUGUGGUGAUCUCCAUGGUAACUCAAACCCCCAGACUCUGGACAGCAGCCUGCGAGGAGCAGCAUUCAGCAGCUCAAGGGUCUCACGACCAGAGCGUGGAUCACACUUCUCGUAAACCUCAUCAUAGUGAGGUUGGGCUAAGAUGAGCAUAACCAGUGACGAAGUGAAUUUCUUGGUGUAUCGCUAUCUCCAGGAAUCGGGUUUCUCCCACUCGGCCUUUACCUUCGGUAUCGAGAGCCACAUCAGCCAGUCCAACAUCAACGGAACACUAGUGCCACCUGCUGCACUCAUCUCCAUCCUCCAGAAGGGGCUCCAGUAUGUGGAGGCCGAGAUCAGCAUCAACGAAGAUGGUACAGUAUUUGAUGGCAGGCCGAUAGAGUCCCUGUCUCUGAUAGACGCGGUGAUGCCUGAUGUCGUCCAGACCCGGCAGCAAGCGUUCCGAGAGAAGCUCGCGCAGCAGCAGGCCAGCGCCGCAGCAGCCGCGGCGGCCACGGCGGCCACAGCGGGCGCCACGACGACUGCUGUUUCCCAGCAGAACACACCAAAGAACGGAGAAGCCACUGUGAAUGGAGAGGAGAAUGGGGCACAUGCAAUAAAUAAUCAUUCAAAGCCAAUGGAAAUUGACGGGGAUGUUGAAAUUCCUCCUAACAAAGCAACAGUCCUUCGGGGCCAUGAAUCAGAAGUGUUCAUCUGUGCCUGGAACCCUGUCAGUGACCUGCUAGCAUCUGGAUCCGGAGACUCCACGGCCAGGAUAUGGAAUCUCAACGAGAACAGCAACAGCGGCUCCACUCAGCUGGUUUUGAGGCACUGCAUAAGAGAAGGAGGACAUGAUGUCCCCAGCAAUAAGGAUGUGACUUCAUUGGACUGGAAUAGUGAUGGAACACUAUUGGCUACAGGCUCAUAUGAUGGUUUUGCAAGAAUAUGGACAGAAGAUGGUAACCUUGCAAGCACCUUAGGUCAACAUAAAGGUCCAAUAUUUGCCCUGAAAUGGAACAAAAAGGGGAAUUAUAUUUUAAGUGCUGGUGUUGAUAAAACAACAAUAAUUUGGGAUGCUCACACAGGAGAAGCUAAACAGCAAUUUCCUUUCCAUUCAGCUCCUGCUCUGGAUGUAGACUGGCAGAACAACACUACUUUUGCCUCCUGCAGUACUGACAUGUGCAUCCAUGUGUGCAGACUUGGCUGUGAUCGUCCCGUUAAAACCUUUCAAGGACACACAAACGAGGUGAAUGCAAUCAAAUGGGACCCAUCUGGCAUGCUACUAGCAUCUUGCUCUGAUGACAUGACAUUAAAGAUAUGGAGUAUGAAGCAAGAUACUUGUGUACACGAUCUUCAGGCUCACAGCAAAGAGAUUUACACUAUCAAAUGGAGCCCUACAGGACCAGGCACCAGCAACCCAAACUCCAACAUCAUGUUAGCAAGUGCUUCGUUUGAUUCCACGGUUCGGCUGUGGGACGUUGACCGAGGCGUCUGCAUCCACACGUUAACAAAGCAUCAAGAGCCUGUCUACAGUGUAGCUUUUAGUCCUGAUGGAAAAUAUCUAGCCAGUGGAUCCUUUGACAAAUGUGUCCAUAUAUGGAAUACUCAGAGUGGAACUCUAGUCCAUAGCUACAGAGGCACCGGGGGCAUCUUUGAAGUCUGCUGGAAUGCUAGAGGAGACAAAGUGGGAGCAAGCGCAUCAGACGGAUCGGUUUGUGUUCUAGACCUGCGGAAGUAAAAGUGAAAUGUUUUAGAAGAAAUUUCAAAUGGACCAGCAGUGAAUGUGUGGGGAGAAGCACUCUUCAAAACUAUUCUUAACAGCUCCAGAACUGUACAAACUUGAACAAAGUUAGAGUGUACCGUGAAACCGACUCUCCCUGGCCACAGGUGACUUGUAUUUUGUCCGUAACCUUCAUCAAGGAGUAAAAUCGCAGUCACUUCAGAGGGGGAGGGAAUGGUUUCCACCUGGAACAUUCAGCCUUGGAAGCAUGAAGCCACCAGCUAGGCAUUGCACUGUUUGGUUUGCAUCUGAGAACUUGCUCUGAUGGCUGGGGAAAAAAAAAAAAAAAAGCUGUGCCAAAAAAAAAAAAUAAAAAGGAAAAAAAAAAAAAGAAAAAAAAAGAAAAAUGCUGUGAUAAACCAAAAGGGAAAAAAACCCUCCUCCAUGCGGUGUUGUAUUUUUUCCUUCCAAUUUGGACACUACAGUUGCUCUCCCAAAGGACGUUCAAAGACCAGUUUGUACUGAUGAAAUGCUCAACUUUGUAAUCACAACACUUUCUAUUUUCUAGACUACUUUUUUUGUUCAGUGGUUUUUCUAUCAGCUGGAAUAUUGCAGCCUGGAGGACCCCAGGCUUAGGAUGAAACUUUUGUUUUCCUUUUAUUUCUCCCUUCCACUCCCAGCUUUUCCUUCCUUUUUUUCUCCUCUUUCUUUUUGCCCCCUUUUUUUUUUUUUUUUUUCUUUUCCCUGUAUGCCCAUAGUAGAUGCAGCCAGGUGGACAUGACAAUGAAAAUUUUUGACAGACUGCUUCUCCUCUCCUCUAUAACUUCCUUUUCCUUUCUUUCUCUCCAUUUAAAAGAAAAAAAAAUCCUCCAUGCUUCAGAUCUUAGCGUCUCAAGGGCACUUUCAGCAAAUUGUGUAAUAAGUGCUUUAUAUAAGAAUGCAGUGCUGGGGAAGAUUUUUACAGGAGAAAGAUGACUUUUAACAGAAAGAACCCAGUGUAUUUUUGGAAAAAAAAUAUUUUUUAUGUUAAACAGUUUUAAAAGCCUAAAUGGCCACAAAAUGUAGACCAGUUGUGUAAUUCAAGGAAAAAGAAUGACACAGAGUCCAGGGAACAUGAAAGGUGCAGUAUCCUUUUUCUCUCCUCUCUCAGAAAGUGCUGUAAGAAAAAAUGGUGUUUGAUACAAGAAAUACCAGUCCUUUACUAAAGUCCUUUUCCAGCAGCCAGCCAUUUGCAUAGUCUCAUUCCAUUUUUUAUGGCUGUUUGAUGAUGUAAACUUACUCAAAGGGAUUCAGAAACCUGAGACUAUAACAUUCAUUUUCUCUAGUCUGUAUUUCUGUUUGUUUUCAGUAACCAGGAGAAAAUGCUUGUGUAUGUUCUUUCCUCUAGAGAUAGUUCAGAUUUUGACAGAAUAUGGGUUUUGCUGCCUGUGGCCUUGCUGAGCAGUGCUGUCUUCCACUGUUCAUUAUUCCAGUCAGUCAGUGGGGUUUUGCCACUGACUUAAUGAGACCAGGUGGACUGAAAUACAUUGACUGCAUCUGUCACUGCUGAAGAAUGGACUCUCACCAAGCUCCUGUCCAUCCAUGGACCACACACACCCAAAGGCUCUGUCAUUGCAGUGGGUGAUGUUGCUGUCACCACAUGUGUGCUGCAUCCUGCAGGGAAAGCUCUGGGUCUGCACUUGGAGGGUCACUGUCUGCCCAGACUGGUCUGGCCUCAAGGGUGUCCUCAGUGUGGUGCUCUGGAGCAAUGAAUUCAUUAGCUUAUGACAUCCUAUGAAAGUUCCAUCUCAGCAUGUAAACCUCAAUGUGGUGCUCUGGAGCAAUGAAUUCAUUAGCUUAUGACAUCCUAUGUAAGUUCCAUCUCAACGUGUAAACCACUGGAAAGUUGUGGGGUGAAAUGAUCAGAACAACAAUGGAGAGUUCCAAAGCACCACGAAUCCAAUCCACUGUGGACAAGAUUUCCUUACUGCAGCCGUGACACCUGCACAGAUGCCAGCUGAAGACUGCACUGCUCUAAUUGAGGAAAUGACAAAUGCAAAGAAGGACACAUCGGCAGAGUUUACUGAAAGGGCUGUAAACUAUAAGGCAGCCUUGGGUGGUGUCAGGCAUGGCUUAGAUCCUCAGAACUGGCUGAGUCAUGCAGGUGUCUUCUCUACAGCCUAGGCUGGGAUCUGUAGGAGAGAGUAGACAGGCCACAAACCUCUUAAGAAAUGUAGAACUCUGUGGCCCAGAGUCUCUGUAACACAGUAUCAUCCCCUGGGUUUGACCACAGCUGCUGGAGGUGUGAUUUGAUCUGAGCAAAUCCAGAGCCCUCGGGCUGAACUGGUGGUGUGAGACCUGCUGAGAUCCAUCAUCCUGGAAUCUGAACACCAUCUGUUCUCUGGAGUUUUCUUCUCUGUAUGCUUGCAUCUGUAGGGGAUCUUAGUCCUUCUAGUGGAACUAGACGCUGCCAGCUUCAGCUGCAUUUCCUAAAGAUACUUCUUGGGAAAGGAGAAAAGAAUAGAAAGAAGUAACUGCUGAAAAGAAUGGAAAGAAGUAACUGCUGAAAGUAUUAGUUGAAAACAGUUAUGUGGAAUUAUGGUUACUAGUGAUAGUUAAGGUUGUUUGUAAUUUAUCUCAAAUAAUUGGAUGCCAGGCAGUAUCAAGGAUUAUUUUUGGUGUUAAAUGCUUUUAUAUGCUGGUUUUAGUUUUUUGCACCAAGAGCAUGGCUGUAGAUCACCAUGUGGCAGUUUUGCACUCUUUCCUAAUAACCACAUGUACCUGCUAAUUUGAAGUCACUCCUUUUUUUGAAAAAAAAAAGAGGAUUGCUCAAAGAGUCUUGAACUUGAAUACAAGGGCACAGUGUGGUUUUGUGAGGCGUUGUUGGGACAAUGAUCUGAGUGCAGUCAUUGCGUGUAAACGGUUAAAUUCCUGCGCUGCUUUUGGGGCCGUUCUGAGAAUAACAAGCAGAAGUUGCUGGUCUGUGGGAGGGCAGCACUGAUGGGGCUCUGACCUUGCCUCUGUCCCUUGAGUGACACCUGAAUAGGCCAGACCUCAGGGUUUGAAGAGGUUCAUUUGCUCAGUGCUCCAUGGCUGGCUGGCUCCACAGCCCAUGCUUCACAGUUGUUCCCAGGAUAGCUACUGUAGAAAACAGGGCAGUGUCUGUGACACCUGUUCCUUUUUUAACAUUUUUUAAUUUGUCAGAACACCACUUUGCUUGCCUACAUGGAGGUAAGGAGCCAAGAGAAACAAAAUUUGAGUAUCAAUUGUUUUGCAAAGCUCAUGUGUGAGAGAGGCUGCUGCUCCAGAAAGUUUUCUAGAUGGACCAUCAGAGUUAAAAGCAGUGUAUGUGAAGAGCUAAGAAAAUUCACUUUUCUAACCUUCCACAAAAUCCUGAAGACUGGAAAGAUGCUGUAGUAGCAGCAUCUUUAGUAGCUAGUUUUCAACUGAAAUGAGAGCUGUUAAGGAAGGCAGGAGGUGGAGUUGCAAAGGUUAAUCUUAACCUAAGGACAUGGUUUCUUCAGGACACAAACAGUGGGGGCAGAGAGCUUUUCCAGGCUGCAGUUCCAGGUGGGAGUCUCAGCCCAGCCUGCAGCACUGAGCUCCUGGGAGCUCUCCCUCCCUCCCCUCCAGUAGCAGCACAUUCCCAAGCUGGCAGAGCCUCUCUGAGACUCCCCUGCAGCAGAGCUGCACAAAGCAACAGCCCAGGGCACUUGCUAAGAUUUCUGCCUAGAAUUUUGUUUAGAGUUCUUUGUAACAGAAGAGAAAUGGAAAACCUAAGUGACCAAACAGGAUUGUGAAACCAUCCAGAGACUUGCUGGAUUUUUAUUAUUGCUGGCUGUCUGGAACUGGCCUGGGAGUGAAAAAAAACCCAGUUUCUGAAAAACCACUAUAUUCUGUGGGUUAGAAGGAUACUGAAUCUUUUAUGUAGGAAACACUGGGUCCCUUAUGGGGCAAUAAAGGGCCUGACUUACAGGGUUAUACACACAUUAACCCCAUGCUACAUCUUAGAAAUUUCCUUUUAAUUUGUUAAAAAAAAAAAAGAAAAAAAUAGCUAAUUUUAGAGCCAAGUGAAGUGCACUUUGUCAAAUGUAAGGGUCUGCUUUGUUUUUGGGUUUCUUUUUCUUUUUCCCUUUUUAAUUUUUCCUCCUUUUUUUUCCUCUUACUGCCUUUUUAAAAGAUGUGGUUCUUUGUCAAUUGCAGAAAUGUUCUUUCAGCCACUCACUGAAAUUCUGAAUUCUGGCUUCUGCAGUUUUUAUUGUCUGUGUCAGACUUGCAGCCAGACUUGGUUCUCAUUUAAGCAUUUCCCAGGUUCUGUUGAAACAACAUCAACCCUUAUUUUGUUUCUCCCCCACCCACACUUUCUUCAAAUUCACCUUGUGUAUUGUAGCUCAUUUGUUUUAAGGAGAGAAUCAACAGAUCAUAUUCAGUGUCUUGAAUAAAUUGCUAUAUUUUGAUAUUAGAGAA